AUGGACACUUCAAACACGAAUAACACAGAAGCCAGUGACAAGAAUAGCAUAGAUACUAACAACACGAAUAGUACAAGCACUGCAAAAAGUAAUGUUAAAGAAACUAGUGGCAAAAACGCUGAUAAAAAAAGGUUCUCGCUACUAACACUGUUUAAAAAGGUGGAUAAAAAGCUGGUGCCACUAUCAGUGGGAGAUAACACAGAUAAAACGAGAGAUCCAAUAAAAAUAUUCGUCGGGACGUGGAACAUGGCGUUUAAGAAGAUAGACCAGAAAAGUGUGAUAAACCAGGUGGAGUGCACGUGUCCGCCAAAUUCAAAAGGAUGCACGUGCCUGAGCCAGUACAACGAUCCGCUGAGAGAUUGGAUAGACCUGAACUACGACAUAUACUUCAUAACGCUGCAGGAGUCAGUGUCGCCGAACUUCUUUAAAAUCAUCACAAAGUACCUGGAAAGGUCGAGUAGAAAGUUGGUAAAAAUAGACCUUAAACACGAUAGAAUCAUGGGAUUCGGAGAAGGAGCGUACGUGUCGAGGAAGAUGACAGUCAUCUCAGCAUGGAUAAACAAGAAGCUGCUGGACGAAGGAUCGGUGAAGGUGGGCUGCUCGAGACAAGUGUACCUGUCGAGCUACAACAGAAGCAAGGGCGUGGUCUGCGUGCAGAUGAAAAUAUACGAACAGAUACUGUGUUUAAUAGGAGGACACAUGCCGUCAGAUUACAUGGAGAGGCAAAAGGCGUGCCAAACAGUGCUGGAGAAGCUGUCGACGAUGUUCGGAGCGAACGAAAGUUUGACCUUCAAGGACGUGUUCCACCAUGUGAUAUGGGCAGGCGACUUCAACUUUAAGCUGAUGGUGGCGCUGGAAAAGGUGGUGGAAAACAUACAAAAAGGAACUCUGGGCCCACUGAUGAAGUACGACGAGUUCUAUCUGGCCUCGUCGUCACUGAAAGACCAGAAGUUCCGAGAGGACGCCAUCACAUUCGAUCCAACAUAUAAAAAGAAGGAAAAUCGCAGCGUGUUAAACAAGGGAGAGGAGGGCUGGUUUAAUAACGAGUACGCAAUAUCGGACGUGAAGUGGUACGGAAACUAUAACACGCAGAGAAUACCGUCCUGGACAGAUAGAAUACUUAAGUGGUCGGACGAGUCUGUGGAGUCAUGCCUACAAAUUGAACCUAAAACAUACAAGCCAGCACUGCCGAAGAGAAAAACAAUGUUACUGAGCAGCGACCACACUCCAAUAUCAUGCGGAUACACACUGCGGCCAGUGAGCAGGAGCCUAGCGCCACCAGUGAAACUUAACUUGGUUCUGGGAACGAACUCAAUACUGUUUGGACCAGGCUACCCGAGCAGAUUCACCUGCAGUUCAGACGCAUACGGGUUGGAAUCAACUAAGUUUCAACUGCCAAAAGACGUGGCGGAUACAAUAAUAAACUCAAACCCAGAAACAACAAGAUAUAUUGAGAUUCCAGAGGAAAUAGGAAUAGAAAGAGAAUUGGUAGAGAGCGCUUUGACACUUUUCGAUGAAAGCCAGAACCUUAAAGUGGGCCUGAACUAUCCAUCAAUCUACUUUGACCUGCAAAAGCAUAUUGCCAAGGAGUACGUAUCAUCUCAAGCGACACUGUCAUCUUUGAACACCCUGAGGGCAGUAACAUACAUUAUUAACAUUUUGAGGUCAUUUGCAAAGCUAUACAGCGCAAAAUAUGCAAACAAAGACUCCGAAGAAGCAAAGUACGCACUGUGCUCAACGAUAGUAUACACGAAGGUGGCAGAUAGUCUGGAAAAAAGCAGAGCGAAGCACCUAGACAAGAUCAAAGCGGAAUCUAAGAGAUUAACCCACAACUUGAACCAACUACCCAGAGUUAAGAGUACUGGAGACAUGUCACUGCUCAUGUCAGCCGCACAUUUUUCAACAAUAAUAACACUUGUGGUUGUUUUAUUUUUAUCCACACAUUUUAGUAUGGUUUGA